AUGUCAGAUGGCAGGCAACGUCUUUCGGGUUGUGAAUAUAAAAAAAGGAAAGCUGAAAAGGAAGCAAACAUAAAAAAACAAGCAGGAUCAUUAAAAAUGUUUUUUCCAAAAGUCUACUUUAUAGAUUCUGUUAUUCUAACUUCUGACCAAGUUGAUGAAAAUCCGAUAGAAACCGACAUUGCCUUUACUAAAACGUUAACCACAUUAAACGAUUCUUCAAACCAUUUAAUUUCAUCUGAAUCUAAAAAACUAACGUUAAAUAUAGGCACUGAUCCUGCAACUUGGCCAACUUUUUUAAGCGAUAAGUUAAAAACAACAAUUGUUGAAAAAGGCCCUCCUUCACCCAUUGUCAAAACUUUCGUAUUUCCUUUGGAUGACAAUAAUCGUAGAUUUACAGUUUUUAAUUAUCAACGUUGUCUGAGUAACGGAGAAAAUGUUCUAAGAACAUGGCUUGUCUAUUCCUUGUCCAAGAAUGUUAUUUUUUGCUAUUUCUGUAAACUGUUUUCAACUUCAAAAACUAAACUAGGAACAGAUGGAUAUAACGACUGGCGACACGUUUCUAUUAUUUUAAAAAAACACGAGACAUCAAAUUCCCAUCUUAGAGCACAUCAAACUUGGAUAGAAUUUUCUUCAAGAUUAAAAGCUAAAAAAACGAUUGAUGACUCUAAUCAACGCAUAUUUGAAUCGGAAAAAAAAUAUUGGAAUGCGGUUUUACAGAGAAUCGUGUCAGUAAUACAGCUUUUAGGUCAACAAAAUUUAGCAUUUCGGGGUUCAUCAGAUCAACUUUACAAAUAA